AUGGGGUCUGACCUCAUCAUGGUCUUGAUGGCUCGCUUAGCCAGACGUCGCUCGUUGCUCAGGAGAAUGCGUGCGCUAAAGCUACGUGCAGCUCUCAAAGAACGCAACAGAGUUCAAACAGCGUCGUUACCAAGAAUGCAGACAGACAUCGCGUGGUACUACAUGUAUGCUUCACGUGAUAGAGCGUCAUUUAUAGCCACUGUGUCAUUGACACCAGAGGCGUUCGACGAGCUACUUGUACCCUUCGCUCGUGAAUACGUCGAUUUAUCUCGGCGAGGCAGGGGUGGCCGGCCGCCACGUGUCCAGGAUAAACAUGCUGUUCUCGCUAUUGUGCUGCAUUUUUACACGGCAGCCGUCGAGCACAAGACACUGCAGGAGCUCUUUGGCGUCGCAUCAACGACACUCUCGAGACUGCUGCGGCGGGGUGAAGACGCCCUGUCCAGGGCACUCCAAUGCAUGCCGGCCGCUAGGAUCAAGUGGCCAUCCAAGGCCACGCAGCUGUACUGGGCGUCCAAGUCACAAGAGCGGGAGCCACUUGUUAGCGGCGUGUUUGUUUUUGUCGACGGCAAGAGCCUUGGCGUCCAAGAACCGUCGUGUGCCGAUUUGCAAAACGCUCAUUACAACGGUUGGUUACACUCGCUCUUUGUCACUGGCGUGCUUUGCUUCGGGCUCGACGGCACGAUCAUUUGGGGUCGCCACAAUUGCCCGGGCUUCUGGAACGAUGGAGAGAUGAGCCGAAGGUUGCAGGAGUUUCUGGCUGAUGGUAGCCGCGUUGCGCCGGGAAUUAAGUUGGCGUCGGACUCAGCUUUUCCUGUCGGUGGCCUAGCGUUGGGUCGAAUCGUCACUCCGUUGAAGCAGGGCAACUUGGAACGAUACCAAACCGAGUGUCGCCUUGGACUGCAGACCAUGAGCGAUUGUAUUCCGUCACUCCGUCAGGCUGCAGAGUGGGGAAUGGGGGCCGUCCCAAAGGUUUACCGACAGCUCAUGCUACCUCUACCCUUCAAUCCAGCUUUGCGCAACACAAGACUCAGCAAUUUGUUUCGACUUUGCAACUACCGUGUCCGGCGUACAGGCAUAUAA